AGCGCGUUCCAUCCGGGCUCGGGCCACCGCGCCGGCCCCCUGCCCUCCAACUCUGCCCCCAGAGCCGGGGUGCUCUUCUCAGGAUUCCCAUCCGUUCCCAAGUUCCCACUCUUGGGCCGUGCCGGCCCCGCUCCCCGGCUCUCCAUGGAUAAUUUCCAAAAGGUGGAGAAGAUCGGAGAGGGCACUUACGGGGUGGUGUAUAAGGCGAAGAACAAGGUGACUGGAGAAGUGGUGGCGCUCAAGAAAAUCCGUCUGGACACUGAGACAGAGGGCGUCCCCAGUACUGCCAUUCGAGAGAUCUCUCUACUCAAGGAACUUAAUCACCCCAACAUUGUCAAGCUGCUGGAUGUUAUCCAUACAGAAAACAAACUCUACCUGGUUUUUGAAUUUCUGCAUCAGGAUCUGAAGAAGUUCAUGGAUGCAUCUGCCCUCACAGGCAUCCCUUUGCCCCUCAUUAAGAGCUACCUGUUUCAGCUCCUUCAGGGUCUAGCCUUCUGCCACUCUCACAGAGUCCUCCAUCGAGACCUCAAGCCACAGAACCUCCUCAUCAAUGCUGAAGGCUCCAUCAAGCUGGCUGACUUUGGACUAGCCAGGGCCUUUGGAGUACCUGUUCGUACCUACACUCAUGAGGUGGUAACCCUGUGGUAUCGAGCACCAGAAAUCCUCUUGGGUUGUAAAUACUACUCAACAGCUGUAGAUAUAUGGAGCCUGGGUUGUAUCUUUGCUGAGAUGGAUUUAUUAAGCACCUACUGUGUGCCCAGCACUGUGCUAGGUGCUGUGGGGGAUAACAGAAGAAGUGGAAGACACAGUCCCUGCCCUCUGUACUCCUAUCUAGAAGUGGCUGCAUCACAAGGAGGGGGGAUGACUUCAAUGCCCACCCCACACCCCAUCACCCGUAGGGCUUUAUUCCCUGGAGACUCUGAAAUUGACCAGCUGUUCAGGAUCUUUCGGACCCUGGGGACACCAGAUGAGGUAGCUUGGCCAGGAGUGACCUCCAUGCCUGAUUAUAAACCCAGCUUCCCCAAGUGGGCACGACAGGAUUUCAGUAAGGUGGUGCCUCCACUAGAUGAAGAUGGACGGAGCCUGCUAUCGCAAAUGCUGCACUAUGACCCUAACAAGCGUGUUUCAGCCAAGGCAGCUCUAACUCAUCCUUUCUUCCUGGAUGUUACUAAGCCUGUGCCCCACUUGCGACUCUGAGCCAUGCUGUGCCCCUACCCCCCAAUCCUAUCCUCACCUUCUAGGGUAGAUCAGCCCUGGCCUGGCUCCAGGGCUGUUUGAACUUAGAUAGGGGUCAGGGGAGAGCCACUUUGGCUGCCCCUAACUCAGUUUACCUUCUCACUUUUCCCACUCUGCCCAUUUUGGGGAUAGGUGGGGAUUGGGAGGGGUAAAAAAAUGAAAGGGAGAUUCAGUAUUCAAUGCACUUAAGCCAACCUCUGCCUUCCACUGCCCCCUUCUAGGGCAUAAGCAGUGAGACAGACCCUGCAGCCUCAGCUCCUGAUCUAUGCCGAGGGGGAUGGACAAAAGACAGGACCUCAGGGCACCCCACUGUCUGAUAAACCACCCCCUCCCUAGGACUUCUGUCUGGUGAUGAUUGUCUCCUGAGUUUGGGAGUGAUACAUAGGAUUUUCAGCAUACCCCUCCCAUCCUCCUGCUGCUACUCUUUUUAUAUAGGACCUACUAUAAGCAGAGGGCUAGGUGGGAAACUUUGAAAGAACAUUCCACAGGGCCCCUUUUAAAUAAUUGUGUAUUUUUGUUUUUGGUGUGUGUAUGUGUGUGCGCUUUUCUUUGUUGUGAAUUUUUUUUUUUAAUUAGAUAAAACCACAUUUUGUACCCUAGAAUGCUCAUCUCCCCUCAUAGGCUGGAAGAAUCAAAACCCAGCGGCAGUAAAGGGCUGCCACAGAGCUAACUGGCCCUAGUUCCCUUGUCUGCCACCCCUCUGUUCUGAAAAUGAACUUGGGGUGAAGGAUGGGAACAAAGGGAGAAGAGAGGGAGAAUUGUUCUUCCUUCUGGUCCAUGACUACUUCACUGCUGCCUUGUAAGGGUGGGAGGUGUUUGAUUUUCCAUCCCUUUUGGAAUUGGCCUCUAGUUUCUUUCAGUUAACUGUUGAGCGUCUAUGUCUCCUAUCCUCCAAUGAAGGAAACUCGAAACUGGGGCAGGGCUUAGGGUUAGAAGUCAUUUUGAGAAUGCCUGACACUUUUUUAAGGGAAGGUUGUGACUGAGCAAUGGGAAUGCCGAAGAAUAUUUGUUUAAAAGAAGGAAGGACAAUACUAUUUAUAUUCCAGGUUGUAGUAGUUUUUGUUUUUUUGUUUUGUUUUGUUUUUUAAUCGGGGAAGAAUUUUGCUGCCAUGUGCACCUUUGGGAUUUUGUAAGGGAAAUCUUGAAAAAAAUAUUUUUGUCUUCCUAUGGUCUUGUGUGUCCUCACCUCCUAUCCCCACAACCAAUCCCUGUUAAUGUUAUUUGUAAUUUAGUUUGUUAAGUCAUUAAAACAAAG